UUCAGAGUCAAAACGAACGUACGCCAACCACCCUCCAACAAUGCUAUAGAGACGGCGGACGAUGUAAUCGCUCUCCGGAGUGUUGAAUACACCAGAUCGCAGUACGAGUCCGCAUGGUCCGAUGGCUGCAUGUCGAGCAUCCACAGUACGUCACAACACAAGGCGUAGUCGUUCCUGUGACACCAGCCCUGUGCAAGUUGAUGUUUUCGUAUGCAUCAGUUAAACGAAGUUUGAAUGGAAUGGAGCUUGUACCCCGGAAGUACAACUCGGUUUCCACGAUUAACCGUGUCAAAAGCGCAGUUGUGUUCCUGCACCGAGAGGCCAAGGUUGCAGUCUCCACUGAAUUGAAUGCUAUGAUGAAAGAGUAUGUCAGCGACUACAGACGCAAGUUCGCGCAGCUGAAAGAGAGUGGGGAGGCACCAAUAACUGAGGAAAAAUCACCGCUGCCAUUUGGAGGUUAUUCCUAUUUGGCGUCUGUGGCUGUUGCGACGGAGUACGAUUACUCCUGGUACGUCACGGCGCAUUCAUUUCUGCUGCUGUAUUGGAACUUGAUGGCGCGGGUUGUGUCAACGUCGUCAAUAAGAUACGAACAGAUUACAUGGAAAAGUUGCACUAUACCCUUCAAUAUAUUAUUUAUUUGGUUAUUACAUGACGCCCUCCGAAUCAGCUUUGGUCUUAUGAAGAACGACCAAGAAGGGCGCAUGUCAUACCCCAGACAUGUAUAUACAUAUCCGUCGCAUCCUGCUAUUUGCCCCAAUUUAAGUUUGGGUGUCUUGUUGCUUACUCGCGGAGCGCAAGUGCCUGAGUCCCCGACGCUUCUGUUUGGCUACAAUGCAAAGGAGCGGUUUUCGGCUUGGCUGGCGAAGACAUGCGCAGCAAAUGCCGACGACAUUGCUGGCCUCGGACUGUCCAUCUCGGACAUUGUUAUGGUCUGGCUACGAGCUUGUUGGAGCCUCGGUGGGGUCCAAGGACGAUACAUAUUUGAAGGAUCUGGAGGUGAUCAAUUUGAGGGCAGAGCUGCAACUGGACUCAAUGUCAACGAUGUCGAGUUUGGAGCGCUUCCACCACACUUUGGGCAAUCGGUCUCGCUCAGCCCAGCACAGAAGGAGUUAAUCUUGCCUGUAUAUUCAUCGUUUUAUCCGGCUACGUUUCGUUCGACCGUCCCAUAUCUACUGGCGUCGUUGGUUCACCACCACGCAUGGUUGAAGAGUACUCUCCACCACAGCCACCCCUUGUUUCUGUACCAUGUGUGGUUGUCCGGGUCGCUGCCAGCCCUUUUAGCUGGCCUUCACGGUGGCACCUUGUACAAUCCCAUCGCCAACAUGAUGGCGACGGAGAUGAGCUAUCACACAGUUUAUGACACCAUUAGUAAUCAGUAA